AUGACCACCACCACCGCACGACCAACGCCGCCGGCGACCAACUUACUGCGGCUGUUCCUGACGCUAUCGCCGGCGAGCAGGGUGAUCGCCAAGCAGCAAGGGCAGGGCGGUGGCUGCAGGGCAACGCGGCUGGACGGCGCCGGCGCCGGCGAGUUCCAGUGCCACACCUGCGGCCGCGCGUUCGCCACGUUCCAGGCGCUGGGAGGCCACCGCACCAGCCACAAGCGCCCGCGGGUGCGCGCCGACGGCCUCGACCUCCUGUUCGGCGCGAGGCCCGGCAAGGGCGCCGCCGCCAGCGACGUCCACCGGUGCAACACGUGCGGCGUCGUGUUCUCCACCGGACAGGCGCUCGGCGGCCACAGGUCGCCGCCGGCGACCAUCAAGUUCGUCGCCUUGUCUGAUGACGGAGAGGGACCGGAAUAUGAUCAAGGACCACUUGCCUUCGUCAAAGCACUGCUGCUGCUGCUCGGCCUCCUCGAAACCUUGCUCUUGACGCUCGUCGAACGGCACACCGUCUAA